AUGAACUACAAAGAGUUGUAUGAAGAGAUGGCUUAAAAAUAUCAAUUAAUGGAAGAAGAGUAUAAUUAGUUUGUCGAGGAAAGUUAAGCAUUAGAAGAUUAAUAAUAAAAGAGUAUUGAAUCCUUAAGUAAAUAACUUGCUUAAGCAUAAAAUUCUCUUCUGCAACAAAAAGAAGAAACCCAAAAGGCCAGAAAUGAAUUGUAGAAUAUUUAAAAUCAAUUAGAAAAGUAAAUAAAUAAAAAGGAGGCUCAAAUCACCGAUUUGUAAAAAACUCUCUAAACUUAUAAAAUGCAAAUCAUUGAUCUAGAAGUCGAUUAAGAUUUAAAUAAUAGUAAAGUUAGACAGCUAGAAGAAGCAAAUAAAGACUUGGAAGUGAAAUUAGAUAAGGUUCUCGAACAAUUAGCCUUAGCCCAUACAGAUUUGGAAGCUAUGAAAUCAUAGACACAAGAAGAAAUUGAACGUCUCAAAUAGACUCUCAAAGAGAAUGAAGAUGAAUUAACUGCAGCCAAAUGCUUAAAACUAAAUAUUACAACAACGCCAGAAAUGGUAAAGAUGCCAAAAAUCGAUUCUUUAAGAGCCAAUGCUGCUGGAUUUAAUAAAAGCUUAACUCUUAUUCAAGCCUUAAUUAAAGAUCUUGAUGAUAAAAUGUCCUUAAUUAGACAUCAAAGGUCAUGA